CUGUAUUUCUAAUUCAGACGUAUGCAUGCUAAGCAGCAGACAAAUGUGUAAAAAUCCUGGUUUGGAUGAACAGGACAGCACAACGACCUGCUGAUCGAUUCGUCUGCUGCUUAACGAGAUAGUUCCAAAGUAUUUCAAAGAUUACAUGGUGGUCAUAUAUUAUAGCAUUAAGAUAUCAGCAAGUUUCAGUGUGCCGUUUACGGAUAUGCAGAUUUGUCCCAUUUUUUCGAACAAAACUGGAUCAUUGCUGAAAAUUUAACCACAGCAUUUGACAUUUUAAAAACAGCAUUGUUUUUGAUAAAAGAUAAGCGCAACGCAGUCCACUAUAAAGUCGAAAAUUGAACAACGGAAAAUCCAAAAUCGAGUGUUUCGUGGUCCGUAACAUACGAAAAUACAAACUGAAAGUACCAGUUAUUCACAAUGACGUCAGCAACUAAAGGUAGUACCACUUUACAAUACGCGGCAUCCCUUUCAGGAACCCUUGCUGUCAUCUGCGACGGCAUGCACUUCGGCUGGGCUUCCCCCAGCGUGCCCCAGUUCACCAACAACGCCACUUGCACCCUCUGCAUCACCGACAGCGAAGGUUCCACUUUAGCCGUCAUGCCCCUGGUCGGUUCCAUUUUCGGUUCUUUAUUCGCCGCCACCGUGGUCGACAUUUUCGGCCGCAAACGCUCCCAACUAGCCACCGCCAUUCCCUUCUUUUUCGCCUGGAUCGCGGUAGCCUUCUGCCAAAACAUCUACCUCUUGUACUUCGCCCGCUUCAUCGCUGGUGGGGCCGGCGGGUUCACCUUCACGGUACUACCUAUGUACAUCGGGGAAAUCGCAGACGCCAAAGUCAGAGGAAUGCUGGGCUCGAGUUGUUCCGUCACCUGGAUCGCCGGCUUCCUCAUAAUCAACGUGAUAGGGUCGUACUUUAGUAUCAAAACCACCGCUUUAGUGUCUUCCGUAGUACCGGCGUUGUUAUUCGUGACGUUUCUAUGGAUGCCCGAAAGCCCCUACUAUUUGUUGAUGAAAGAUAAGCCGGAGAAAGCCAAAAGGGCGUUGGAGAGACUGAAAGGUACCACCGACGUUGGUGAAGACUUGAACCGGAUCAGAACCGCCAUUCAAGCUGAAGAGAAGUCGCACAAGGGGAAGUUCGUGGACUUGUACAGAGUACCGAGUAACCGAAAAGCCGCGAUUAUUGCUGGCGGGCUUCGGGGCUUCCAGCAGCUCGCUGGUACCACCGCUAUAGCGUUCUACACGCACGAGAUUUUUGAAACUGCCACAGAUCGCAUUUCUAACCACCAUGCAGUGAUGAUUUACUACGCCAUCCAACUAGUACUCACUUCGCUGUCUUCCAGUAUUGUUGACAGGGCCGGCCGCAGGCCCUUGCUUCUUAUAUCGAUGGCAGGGGCGGCGUUAGCCCUUUUCGUCGAAGGUACUUACUUCUACAUUUUGAACGAAACAACUAUAGACACCAGACCAUUUUCGGUGGUAGCUGUAGUGGGUCUUCUAGCCUUCGUGAUCCUGUUUGGGGUCGGGAUGCAGUCUAUUCCUGUUUGUAUGUUAGGGGAGCUGUUUCCAACAAGCGUUAAAGCGUUCGCUUUAUGUUUGGCUGAUUUGUAUUUUUGUGUGAUGGCCACUGUGGCUUCCAAGUACUUGCAGAUAACGAAGGCGAAGUUCGGGUUGCAUGUUUCGUUCUAUGGGUUUUUUGUGUGUGCGGUGAUGGGGUUGGUUUUUAUUUACUUUUUUGUCCCGGAAACCAAGGGGAAGACGCUGGAGGAUAUCCAGAAUGAACUGAAAAAUGGUACGGGGAUGCGUGUUGACAAAGGAAGUGAGGACGAGAAGAUCAGUCUGAAAGCUUGAGACUGACAUGUCGCUGUACUGAAUUGUGAAAUAGUAUUUUCUGGGAAUAAAUUUUACUUUGAAGUAUG